CAUUUUCAUCCUCGAAGUUUCCUCCAAACCCUUCCCCGAAAACUCCCCUCAUAACUGCAACCCUAAUUACAGCCCCGUCGUUCGCGUCCUCAAUUCCGACCUCCCUUUGGACGAUCCGGAAAGGGAGACUUUCAAAUCGGAAUGUGAGGAUGUUGUCGUUGCUGGAUUUGUUCUGUUUUUCCCCAAUUUCUCCUCCUUUUUGGCGAAGCCCGGUUUCUACGUGGAGGAUAUCUUCGUGAGAGAGUGUUACCGGAGGAAGGGAUUGGGGAAAAUGCUGCUGUCGGCGGUGGCGAAUCAGGCGGUGAAAAUGGAUUACGGCAGAGUGGAGUGGGUGGUUCUUGAUUGGAAUGUGAAUGCGAUUCAAUUUUACAAGGAAAUGGGUGCUCAGAUCUUGCCGGAGUGGAGAAUCUGUAGACUCACCGGCGACGCCCUCCAGGUUUAUGGAAACGCUAACUGAAUAAUUACUUAAAACUGAUGGAGUUAUUUUACUUUUCCCUUUUCUGGCUUCUUACACUUGUAGAAACAGAGUAUGGUUUUAGUUGAAGUAAUCUCUGAAACGUUUCUGCUUUAUGCUGCUUAUGAUCAUGUUCUGUAUAUCAUCUGCGUUGGCACUGAAUUCUGAUGUGGGUUUCUCU